UUCAAAGAAGCCCACAAGAAAUGGUAGUGGCUGUGAUUCCUCCGUGAGCGAGUGAAACCGAACUGGGCUUCGCCCUCUUCCUCCUCCGCCAAUCUCCUCGAUCGGAGCCUCUGCGAUCGCCAUUGUCGGCGGAAGACGAGUUCCGCAUCUGGCUCUCGCCGAGGAAUUCCAGCUUCGAGCAGUUCGUGUGAAGCAUAGCCGGAUUUGGGGACGAUUCGUUGGCGUUCUUCGCCCGGCGCGGUGGCUUCCUGAGUGAUGUAGAUUUGUUGAUGCAUGAGGUAUUUUGGGGAGGAUGGAGGAUUUUAUGGUCGAUUUGGUGAUUCAAUUCCUCUGGAAGAUUUAGGUUCUAAAAAUGGAGGAACAACAAUCUCCCAGAGAAGAGUUGGUCGUAAAGGUGAGGAAGCCGUAUACUAUUACGAAGCAGAGGGAGAAGUGGACGGAGGAGGAACACAACAGCUUCCUUGAAGCUCUGAAGCUGUAUGGGAGGGCAUGGCAACGAAUAGAAGAUCACAUUGGUACAAAGACUGCAGUACAGAUUAGAAGUCAUGCGCAGAAAUUCUUCACCAAGCUGGAAAAAGAAGCUCUUUCAAAAGGUGCUUCCCCAGGCCAUGUCCAUGACAUAGACAUACCCCCUCCACGUCCUAAAAGGAAGCCAAACUAUCCAUAUCCAAGAAAGACAACCACAGGCUCCCUUUCACCCUCUGGGGAAGAAGCAGCAGCAGGCAGCAAACCACCAAACCCUAUUUGCUUGAAAAAUGAUGCAAACAAAGAGAAACUUAAAGUUAAAGAGAAUACUGAAAGCGGUAACUCCUCAGUAGUCCUUAACAUUGCUCAGCAUGGGUUGUCUGCAUCUAUAUCAAACAAGGGUUCAACUAGUCCCGUCUUAAUGGAAUUUUUGCCUACAGUUAGAAGUUUGAAAGAGAAUGUUGCAGUUGAUAACCCCGUAUUGCCUAUCAAUACAUUCAACGAGGCAACUUUGGUGUAUCAGGGGAAUGUACUCAUCCAAGGAAGUUGCAUGAGUUCAAAUAACAACAUUGUAGACGUUGAAGGUAGCAUAUCAAAUUAUCAUGUUUCAUCGAUCAAACAGGCACACUCUGUCGGCAUUAACAGAAGUAAAGAGAAGAAUGAGCAAACCCUCACAAGCAGUGAUCAGCCAGGACCUGCAGCAGCUGUUAGUCCAUCAAUGGGCCUUAAACAUUCUCCUCUGCUGCAACUCCAGCACAAUCUGGCCUUAGGCUUACAGCAUCAGUUCUCACCAGUCGUCCAAUACAACAACCAACGUGAAUCUUGUGAUGCUUUUCUGAACAUGUCAUCAGCAUUUUCAAAUCUUAUCAUUUCUACAUUGCAACAAAUUCCAUCAGUGCAUGCUGCAGCAAGUCUGGCAGCAUCGUACUGUCCAUCUGUUGAGGUGGACGGCCACCUUUAUUUGAAUCCAGAAAUACAAGGUGGAGAACCUUCAGCGAGGGGCAUGAAGCCGUCUCCAAGCACACCAUCUUUAGUCACUGCCACCAUUGCAGCUGCAGCUGCCUGGUGGGCAGCACAGGGGAUCAUGCCAUGGUGUACCCCCCACCUUUCGCAUGUCUUUCCAUCACCUCCUGCAACUGAAGUCCCUCCAACUGCAGAGACAAUGCAAGUCCUUCCACCGUUGGCUGUGGAGAUGAUGCAAGUUCCAGUAGCACAUCAAUCUGAGAUUCUAAAACCACCACAAUCCUCUCCUAAGCCAGUAUCAUCAUCUCCUAAUGAUGCAAGUGCAAAGGGUGAAAACUCUGAAUUCUCUGAGUUGAACCAAGCCAAAGCUAACAGACUGCAGUGCAUAGUAGCUAGUGAAAACACUAUACCAGACGAGCUUGAGACAGAUGAAGAUAACAAAACCAAACGUUUCAUUGGCGAAGCUAGAGACAGAAGCAAUGGAGUGAUGGGCCAGUCUUGGAUGCCAAUCUCUGAACAGAAUCAUACUACAUUUGGAGCGUCCCUUGAAAGACGACCAUAUGACUCUGCAUUGCAUACUGGAGUUGCACAAACAAAGGGAGGGGUACCAACUAAAGUGAACGACAACAAUCCAGACACAAGUUCUUCGAAUAAUUUCAAACACGGGAACUUUAAGGCGAGCCAAUCAGUAUUUAAACCAUACAAGAGGUGCUCAGUGGAAGCCAAGGAGAACAAAACAACCAGAGAGGAAACUGGUAACAAGAGGAUAUGCCUACCAGAGGAAGCUUGAACGUAGAAACACAGUAUAAGGAAAAACAGCAAUGCAUUUCUUGUGGUUUGAUUCAUCAUAUGCCUAUGAAUUUUGAUAAGCAUCAAUGCAAUAGUUCUUACAUGUAAUUUAUAUUAA